UUCUGCAUUAGCGUCUCACACCUGUAGUUCUAGAGUGAAGUCCAUUGAAAUUCGAGGUUAUCCUUUGGCAUGCUAGUGGUGUGAUUGUAGAAUUGGAUGAUUUAAGAUGCCGAAAGAGAGGAAAAAGUAUUUGGUGCGUAAGGCUUAUAGGGAAGCCUGCGCUUCGAUAUCAUUGCUAAGCAGUGACGACGGAGCGGUAGUACGUUCAUUACCCCAAGUUUCUUGUCGCACCGACAACAAGAGUGAACAAACACUGUGCGAUGUUACACCGUUACCUGAUGCUUCGUCUUCAGCAACAGAAACGCCAAAUAUGGAAAUAGUAAAUAACGAAAGCUGCCCUCGCAGCCCUCUUGAUGACGCGUCUCAUGGCGAACUGGAACCUGUCGCUGUUAACGAAAGCGUCCCAUCGCAAUGGCCCGAUUUGGCGACUGAACCUAAUAGCAGCUCAGAUGACCUCGAUUGCGCUGAUAGUUUGGAGUCAACAGUGGUUGAUCUUGCCCCGCAUUUAAGAGCAUGGGCUGUUAAAGAGAACAUUACUCAAACUGCGCUGACAUCACUACUCCGUGUACUCCGUAUGCAUAAAAGCCUCAGGACCCUUCCGAGCGACGCCCGUUCUCUUAUGCAGACCCCCAGAAGUACUUUCCGGAAUAUUUCCGCUAUGUCCCCUGGGGAAUACUGUCACCUCGGCCUCAUUGAUGGUCUCAGACAUGUCCUCAGACACGUCGACGAAAUUCCCGCUCAUAUAGCGCUAUGCUUUAGUGUUGAUGGAGUUCCGAUAUCGAAGAGUUCAAAGGUGGAGCUUUGGCCAAUACAAUGCCAAGUCAAAGGAAUUUCCAAAGCUCCACCCUUCGUGGUAGGUGCUUACUGUGGAGCUGGAAAACCGUCAGAUCCUAAUGACUUUUUGCGAAAGUUUGUUGACGAGUUGCUGACGCUUCUCGAAGAAGGAAUCACGGUGAAUGACACUGUCACACAAAUCACAUUUGAUUCAAUCAUUUGUGAUGCACCAGCUCGUGCAUUUGUAUUUCUUAUUAAGAACCACACCGGCCACUCAGCGUGCCCAAAAUGUACCGAUGAAGGAGAAUACGACAUGAAUCGUAUGUACUUCUCCAACCGUGUAGCCACCAAGAGGACAAAUGAAAGCUUUCGGGCCCAAUCUGACCCAGAACACCAUCGAGGGGUCUCCAUCCUAACAGAGCUUCCAAUCGACAUGGUGCAUGUGGCCCCACUUGAUUACAUGCACCUUGUCUGUUUGGGAGUAAUGAAAAAGCUCUUACUCCUCUGGCUAUCUGGUCCCCUGUCCAUCAGAUUAGGCUCCAUGAGCAGAAAUAAACUAACAGAGAACAGUGUUCAAUUGAAGCAUAGUAUCCCCCGGGAAUUUGCGCGCAAGCGCAGAGGCAUGGACGAAAUAGAACGUUGGAAGGCCACCGAAUUCAGGCUUUUUUUCCUAUACACAGGGCCUACCAUUCUAGAAAAUGUCCUUCCACAGCAGCUCUUUGUGAAUUUUUUGACACUUCACUGUGCCAUCUCUAUUCUGACUGAUGUUGAACUGUGUCAGACAGAAUAUCAGUACGCAUCUUCUCUAUUGUCUCACUUUGUUGAAACAUUUUCUGCAUUAUAUGGAGAUCAUCUCGUGUCGUAUAACAUUCACGGGCUCUUGCACUUAGGAGAUGAUGUGGGUGUUCGUGGGCCCCUGGAUUCAUUCAGUGCCUUUCCCUUCGAGAACAAUAUGAAGGAACUAAAAAGGCAACUGAAGAAACCAGGAGCCACACUUGCAGAGUUGUAUAACCGAUAUCACGAGUGGAAGUGCGCAGACUUACAGAAUGACCCCCAAAAGGAUGCUGGUCUUGGAGGUCCUCACAACCUGGGGCCCCUUCAUCCAUUAUGUAAGGCACCACAGUACAGUACCUUCCAGGCUUCCGGUUUCAUGCUGAUGACAAAAGGACCUGAUCGUUUCUGUAUAAUUGAUGGACAAGUGAUCGAAGUUAAGAAUAUUGCUGUGAUGCGGUCUACGGGAUGUCCUUGUGUUGUUGGUCAUGCCCUCAUGAGAGUACGAAACCUGUUUGAGAAACCGUGCCCAUCAUCAUUGAUUGGCAUAUACGUGGUGACCCGGGACACAGAAUUAAGGGUCUGGCCGAUCACACGUGUACGCAAGGUUCUUUGCCUCCCUUACGAGAAAAUGUGGGUUGUCGUGCCACUAAGGCAUCUACAGUGUUGAGACACAGGAAGUGCAAGCGCUGAGAUGUGCAACAAGUGUAUCGCUGCACAUUACUGGCACUUGGGUGCAGCAGAGAAAUUCCCAGUCAAGCACUUGCUCACAUUCACAUAAUCCAAAUGCUAUAUGUGACAACAUGCCUGUUUUUAAUUUUAAUAACUUUACGUAUAUCCUAAAGCUCUCUUGUAUUAGUGACCCAGAGUGGGAUGUUCCAGUUUUGCUCUGCUGGUUUGUUGGUUUUGGUAUAAGAUUAAUGUUUGCUAUUUUCUGUUGGGAUACUCUUCACGGCAUUAAAAGGCCACAAGCCCACAAUAUACGUCUGUGCAUUUACCGUGUAAUUCAACUUUGAGUCAAUGGGGGCCUUUUCAGAUACCAUAUACUAUAGCUCAUUUCUUGGAGCGGAAUGAGGUUGAAGUGGUGCCCUGUACAUGGGUUACGGGAAACCAAUGUGUGUGGCCUCGACUCCCGACAAGCAAAGUACAAAAAAUGACACAGCGAGGUUCUCCUCCAGGUGAUAGCUAUGAGACUUUUGAAAUCACCUGCAAAGGCAUCUUUGGGUGCUACAAAGAUGCUCGUGAGCAAUUGAGGACCUCUGAGUACACCUCGGACCUUAACCCUGAGAAAGAGUUGCCACCAAAGCGCAUAAGACGAAUUCGAGUCAUUGACAGCGAUGACGAAGAUACCUUUCCUCCUAUACCGGACAGCUUGCUGAAAUUAGCGGGCAGCCACAAUGCAGGUGGGCAGCUUGCAAAACGUUCAGAAGCUGAGUAUCGAGCAGAAAGAGCUGAAGUACCACGGACUGAUACAAGAUGCAGAAGUAGUACUUCAGUCCAAGAGGGACAUCUUGUAGAACCUUAUCAAGACAGUAGCCCCUAUCAGCAACCUAGUGAGCUUUCUUGCAGUGCACCAGAUUCACGCAGUGGUAGAGAGCCUACUCCACGUAGUCGCCUUCAGGGAUUGAACCGGCAUGGAACCAGCCUUCAGUCAACAGCAGCGCCUCUUCUGCGGUCAUCGUACCCAUCACCCAGCACAAGCUUUCGUGGAGAUGUGGACGUUCCUACCUCACCUCUCUCACAAAUGAGUGACCCUGAUGCUACUGAUGACUCUCAUCUGUCAAGUAGAGGUACCACAAGAUCGCACCUUGGUCCGGUGUCUGGUAAACUCAAGUUUGAGAAUGACGUACGUUUCUGUGCUGGGAGCUUUAUGUGUACUUUAUAUUAUGUAGGCACAAUGCAACAUACUUCAAAUUCCCAGGAGCCAGUGAUGCCGAAAUCGGAAUUCCAACGUCAAGUUCUCAAAAACCCCCUGAUACUGCGGCUAGGGCAACAACAGCAAAGUGACCUUUUGGCAAACCUUCCAUCAAGAUCUGCACUCGCAUUCCCUGACUCUCCUAUCCUAAUUCCCGAGCCGUUCCAAACAGUUGAACAGCUGGAGGGAUUUGAAAACAAAGUCACCAAGGACAACGAAAAACAGCUGGUUCAAGAACUCUGCAUUCUUGGAGGGAGUUCACUGAAAACUUGUGUAAAAAGAAUUAUGUGCCACAUAAUGACUGAUAAGUAGGCUAAGCUGUACAGCUGGCAGGGAAGAAAAGGGAAGUUGAAGUUCACUGAACUCAAGUUUGCUGAGAUUAUUAUAGUGUUUUGGUUACGACGAAUCAGCAUGUGCCGGGGUGCAGCACGGAGCUUGGGUUAUGCACCCUACUGAUGUAUCGACGUGGGAGCAUGUGCUGGGGGACACUGUGGGACUGUGAUAUGCACUUACCACUAUUUCUUACGUCUCCUACAAGGACAUCAAGACAAGCGUGUGCCAGGGCACACUUUGGAGCUGUGAUACGUACCUACCACUAUUUCUUAUUUUCUUAAUGUAUCGUAGAUGUCCCCACUGGGACAUCAAGACUGAAGAAUGUGUGAGGGCACAUUGUGGAGCUGUGAUAUGUACAGUACCGAACAAAUGUUUACUGAACACUGGGUUGAUUUAUUUUUUCAUCUGAGCGAUGCCGUUGCAGGGAAUGGGAGCUGAUGCAGGUACAGACUGUUGCAUGGGUCACCCAAACACCCGUUUUUAAUUGCAUGCGCUCCCGUUCACUGCUGGGGUGUCAGUCAGAAGAAGAAAUACGCCAACCAGGUGUUCCGUAAAUUUUUGUGCAGCACUGUAGCUAGCACUAUUUUUUAUCCUUGUGCUUCUAAUAUUUCCAACUGGGAUGAUCACUGUUGAAAUCUUUACUGCAUCAUAAAUGUCUCCUGUUGUGACAUCAAGACUGAAGCAUGUGCCAGGGCACACUCUGGAGCUGUGAUAUGUACCUACCAUUAUACCUUAUUUUCUUAAUGCAUCUUAGGGUGAUUCCAUGUGAAAUCAGGCAGUGAAAUCAGGAUUCCACUGAAAUCAGGCAGGUUGGUCCCAACGACCUCCGGGAUAAAAAAUCCGGGAGGUCGUCGGGACCAAUCUGCCUGAUCUCACGUGGAAUCACCCCGUACAUGUCUCCCACUGGGACAUAAAGACUGAAGAAUGUGCCAGGGCACAAUGUGGAGCUGUGAUAUAUAUGUGCCAAUAUUUCUUAGCUUUUUUAUGUAUCGUAAAUGCACCCUACUGGGACGCCAGGACUGAAUGAGCAUGUGCGAGGGCACACUGUGGGACUGUGAUAUGCACUUACCACUAUUUUUUAUGUUUUUAGCCUAUAUAGUUACUGUAUCCUACUGCGACAGUAACAGUGAAGCAUAAUGCAGGCACACUGUGCAGGUGUAUAUGUAUCUACCACUGUUCAUGUUAUUUUCCUUUAAUGUACAGUGCUGGACAAAAGUUCACGAAAUACGCUCAGGCGCAUAUACCUUACUCAGAGUAAUGUGCUACUGGCGAAUGAUAUCAUCGGACUAAGUUACCCAGGCACAUAUGUCUGCAUGUCUGUAUGGUCCAGUUUGCUGCCAGCACAUCACUCCGAGGAAGGAAUGUGCCAGAGUAUAUGUUCCGUAAUCUUUUUUCCAGAACUGUACCUCCUGAGUUCAUGGCAUCCGGAUUGAACUUACAUUUGUUUGCUUAUUGAUUUUCAUUGGCCAUGAACAGCCUUAGCCAAACAUUUCUUCAUUAUCUUAUGUUCUACACACCAUGCUGAAGUAAACCUGUUGCAGCCUAAAUAAAUGCCUACAAGAAAUGAA